UGAUGUUAUCGGCAUUGAGCAUGGGCUAAUCCUUGGCCUUGUCCACUUCCAUCCCUGCUCUCUCUGGGUUUGUUCUACUUCUACUUUUUCGCGGCCUGUCUGCGCUGAUUGUUCAAAUGGAACAUUUACUCUCUGUGUUGCAGCAGAAACUGAGCGACCACCCCGAUAGUGUAUCUCUGCAGGAAGCAAUCUCGCAUCUAACGCAGGUCGACAACGGAAAGGACGCGUAUCGUUCUAGCAAUUGGGAAAUUAUCCAGAAUGACUUCGGCAAGUUGUCUGCUGGAGGAUUGUGGGAAGUAACUCCAGAGAACGAGGAAAUGUUGGAGGAUGUACGGAAGACAUUGAUGGCAGACAGAUCUCGUGCUUCAAGCAUUUCUAACAAGCAGUCCUCCCCAGCAGGAUCGAAUAAAAGAGAAUAUGAACCUCGCCGGGACAUCUCCGUAGUGAUGCCACCGCCGCUGUCCACCCCAUUACUUCCCGUAUCCUUGAUGAAUCCGACUGUUCUCCCUAUUGAACUCGUAGAAGUCCUCAACCACACCUACUUCCUUCACUUACUUGUGCUCAAGCCGGAGAGUGUACUGCCUCCUGGAAAGUCUCUCCUAUCUGUCAUGUCCCGACCGCAUAUCGAGCCUCACCACGAAGGAGAGCUACCGAGUCUGAAGGAGCGCGUUGAGAGCCUCGUGCACAAGGCGUUCUGGGACGAGGCGUACGAGUCUCUAUCUACGCCCACGCCUGCUAUCCAGCUGCCGCGUCUGAAGAAGCUGUAUGAAGAUCUGUAUGCUGCGCUAAAGCCCCUACUGCCGGCCCACCAUCCCCUCCUGGUCACGCUUUCCUCGCCGCUAUCACCGACAUCCUCUCCCCUCCGCACCGCUGUUACGCACCUCCGCGAGGUACUCGUAUGCCUGCGUGAACGCUGCGCGCCUGCCCGGGAUAGCGAUAUUGACGCACUGAUCCGCGCUAUAGACGAUCUGUCUUCCGUAGCGCCGGCCACGGACAUCGCGAGGCUGGUUGUGGAUACUGUGCGAUCGAUUCUCAAGGUAGCGGAGACGAUGAAGGACGAUCUGUCCCAGUUCGUAUUGGGCACAAUGGGCGAACAGCAGCUUAGAGCUGUCAUUACCACUCAGGCGAAGGAGCGAGAAAGGGAACUGACUCUCCAGCUGUGGAAGCCAGCACGUGUGGAGCAGCUCUGGCGAGAGUGGUUGCAGGGGACCGAGGUACCUGACGGAGUCCCAACGGACCAUAGUGCCCGCCACCGAUGGGUUCAUUGUCUGAUGCAGGCGAUUGGAUCGACAAUUCCUGUCUCGUGCCCACUCCCUACAGUAACGAUCUCAGAUGAUUCACCCCCAGAGAUAGAGCUAGCUCCUCCUCACGGAAACGUGCUCCCGCCUCCUUUCUUCUUUAUAUGUCCAGCAUUGCUAUACGUGCAGAAUUACCUGCAAGCGCUCGUCAUCGCCGCGUCUCUACGUUCCUUAGUGCGCUUGCCGUCAACGCCCACACUAACGGCUUCGGCACAGUCGAAUGGCCUCGAUGCAGCUGGAGGAAGCUUUAUGGAGCGUACUUGGGCGCUGUUGAAGGCGGAGGUCGAUGAGGAGUCCGGAUCGGGCGAGACGAAGAUUAUCAACCUCUCCGACGAGGUCCUUCGAGUGCGCCGGCAGUUGCUCCGCGCGGGAGAAACUCUGGAUGCCGAGGAGGAGGCGAAGCUGCGUGCAGCGGUGGAUCGCACGUUGCAGCCUCACGACCCCGUGUUCCUGCUGCUGCAGAAACGACUCCUCCAGGCAGUAGCAGUUCGUUUGGCUCUCCCUUUUGAAACGGAGUCGCCCGCUGCUUAUGGUCCGCACCUACCUGAGAAGUUACAGGCGGGACGCGAACGUCCAGGAAAGAGACCGAGGCUCAUGAUGGAACUCGAGCACGAGGAGGGAACACAGCUAUUGAAUGAUAAGGUCAAGGAACCCAUGUUGGCUGUGAAAGGCUUCGAUGAUGAAGUACUCGUCAAAGCCGUAGGGGAAUCGUUAGUGAGGCUCAGGUCUUGCGUGAAUUGGGUCGAGUUGGUCUGGGGAGACUUGACUGGAGGAGGCGACCUCAAAGAAUCGGGAAACAAAUGAUCGAUUAGAACCGCCGUCCCGAUAUCAAUAGAUCACAUGUAUCAUAUCAUUUCCAGCCUACUACAUGCCGUCGAUGUAGCCUUCGGACAACUUGUAGCUAUUAAUUCUGCAUUGAAGAGCUCUGUAAUGUCAAUCUUCGUGUACCAAUCUUCAAAACUUGAUAAUAACGAGCUUAAGCUUGCGUCUUGGAAAGCGCG